AACGGGGUUAUGCCUGCGCAGGCGCACAGCCCAACUCCACGGGGUCCUUCGCUUUGCGGCUGCUUGCUGGGACUGGUUCCGUGUCCCCGCCCCUUCAGCCUUGCCUCGCCACGUGACCGAUAACGUCAGCCAGGCCCCGGCUCUCCUCUCCGGUGGAGCUCUGGGCCCGGGCCGAGCUGCUCUGGGCCGGGGCAGGCUUAGGUCCUGGGGGGGGGGGGAAGGAAGGGAGGUGCUGUAAGCCAGGUCGGGCCUGGAUAAGAGGCUUCAGAGUGGACAGGGGCCGGGGAUCGGAGUCAGCAGAAGAAGGAGGAGCUAGGGGCGGGAGGGUGGCUGCUACCGGGCUGGGACUCCCCCAUGGAGCCCCCGCUCCCCGGAGCUGCCAUCGGGUUGCUCACAGCUGACUGGCCCAUGACCCUGUGCUUGGAGUGAUGGACCCAUCUGUGACCCUGUGGCAGUUCCUGCUGCAACUGUUGAAGGAGCAGAGUAACGGGCACUUAAUAGCUUGGACGUCCAGCGAUGGGGAAUUCAAGCUGGUAGACGCCGAGGAGGUGGCACGGCUCUGGGGGCUUCGCAAGAACAAGACCAACAUGAACUACGACAAGCUGAGCAGGGCCCUGCGGUACUACUACGACAAGAAUAUCAUCCGUAAGGUGAGUGGGCAGAAGUUCGUCUACAAAUUCGUGUCCUUCCCGGAGGGGCCGGGCCACGAUGGGGAGGAGGGCCAGGCCCGGGCUGAGAUCCCUUCGGAGCCCCUCCGGCCGCUGAAGGCCUCUCUAGGGAGCAUUGGCUCCUCCGCCCCGACCCCUGUGCGCAGCAGCCGGAAUGAGUACAUGCGUUCUGGGCUCUACUCCACCUUCACCAUCCAGUCCCUGCAGCAGCUAAGUCCCGCCCGGCCCGCCCGGCCCGUCCCGGAGCCCCUGAGCCCAGUCGGCCUUGAGGCCCCGGAAGCCCGAGUGCCUCUGCAGGUCAUCUUGAUGGCCCCGGCCGAAGGUCUGACCGAGACCGUGGAGCCCGAGGCUUCGGCCGCAACCGCCUCUUUGCUUCUGGCGUCCGAGACGAAGGGGGAGCGGCCUGUGGAGGAGGGGGCUGCUGUCGCCAUGGAGACUGGCGUGGAGGUCGCCGACCCCCCGGGCCCCGCCCCCGCGCCGGCCCCCGCAGCCGAGGCCCACCCCCCCGCCCCUUCCAAGGGUCGCAAACCACGCGAUCUGGAGUUGCCGCUGGGGCCGAGCCCCGAGUCGGCCGCGGUUUCCGGCCUGGGCCCGGCCCUCACUCCCUCCCUGCUCACCUCCCACGCCCUGACCCCGGUGCUUCUGACGCCCAGUGCGCUGCCCCCCAGCAUCCACUUCUGGAGCACCCUGAGCCCCAUCGCGCCCCGCAGCCCUGCCCGCCUCUCCUUCCAGUUCCCGGCCAGCAGCAGCAGCAGCAGCUCCCAGGCACAUGUGUCUGUCCCCACACUCAGCAUGGACGGCCUCUCCACCCCCGUGGUCCUCUCCCCAGGUCCCCAGAAGCCAUGACUCUUUCUUUCCCAGGGACUUAAGAGACUGCUUUAUUUCAAGGAGGAUUGUGGGUCCCCACGGGCCGAGGAGGGGUGGGGGCGGAGGGGAAAGGGGAUAAACGGUUAUUAAGCAUCGACUAUGCUCCAGGCACUGUGCUCAACCCUUUGACAAAUAUGAUCUCGUUUUGGUCCUCCCAAUAAUCCUGAGAGGUAGGUGUUGUUUUUAACCCCCAUUUUACAGAUGAGGAAACCGAGUCGGGCAGAGGGGAAGCGACUCACACUGCUAGGAAGAGCCUGAGGGCCACAUUUGAGCUCCCCCCCCCUCCCCGUUUUAGUGCCUGCAGGUGGAAGGUGAGGGAGAGGCGUUUUUUUUAUUUUCAGGUGCCCCGAGGCCCAGAUUUGCUGAAUGGAAAGGAGGAAGAUCCAGCCCCACUCGGCCCUCUCUUCUCCCCAUGUACCCAUCCCUGGGGGUGAGCAGCUAGGGGAUGAUUCCGCUUUCUCCUUUUCACACUCCCCACACUUAGACAAAGGGGGGGGGAACAAACACAGAAAAAUAGCUUUUAAAUGCCUCCCCCCCCCGCCCCCCGCAGUGGCAGCAGAAGUCCCACCCCUUUGACUGUCAGUCAACUGGUCUCCAGGAAAGCACCAAGGGGCCCCUGUGCCUCGGAAGUACUGGAGAGGAGAAGGGAGCCCCACUGCUCCGCCCACGACAAGCCGAGGUGCAGGUCUCCCAGUCUGGAGGCCCGGAAGUGGCUAUUGGGAGAGAGAGGCAGGGCCGGUUUUCCUUCCCACGGCAGAGGCAGCCCGUGAUCCGCGGCCUUCGGGGACGGCCGGGAUGGGCUCCUGGGCCAGAGGAGCAAGGUCCGAGCCCUUCUUGCUAGGCGGCCCGCCGAGGGUUUAGUUUUUAUACCAAGGGCCCAGGCUCUGCUGGGAUGGGCAGUCCCCGAACGUUGCCGGAAAGGCCGCCCCCCCCCCCCCACCGAGGUACGGUGGUGGCGGAGAAGUAGAGGGGUAGCGGGGCAGUUCUGGCCACGACCGUAUGCAUGCACAUGAUAUGUAUACCCGGACCCCACACAGUACGUCCAGAGACACGGGAGCCACGGUUCCCGGUACUCCCUCUGUGCCAAAUGCUUUAGAACGAUCACGCUUGAUCCUCAGAACCCCGGGGAGGGCAGCGCUGUCGCCCCUAAUUUCCAGAUAAGAAAACGGGGGUCAGACAAGGGAAGCGAUCUGCCCCAAAUCACAGGCUGGAUGUGGACUUAGGCCUGCCUGCCUCAGCCCAAGGCUUACCCAGUCACACACCCUCCGCUUGGUCCUGGUUCUCCCAGUAGGAAAGGGCAUACCCGCUGUGUUCCUGACGGAGCCCAGAACUUAGUUCCAGACCGAGACCUGAACAUCUUAGACCUCUGCCCUCAAACACAGCCAGUCCCCUCACCGUCCACCACCUGCCAACUCUAGUCCCAGGAGGAGCCCCGGCUCAGGCCUUCCCUGAAACCUGGGCCCCGAGGAAGACCUGAACCUUGGCUACAGGAAAAGACCCGAGUCCAUAACGGUGGCAGACCUGACCCCAAGGUCAGCGCCGGCCCCUCUCCCAAACACCACCACUCAGUCUCAGUCCCAACUUGAGUCCUAGCCAAUGUUCUGACCCUCUGGGUCCAACCUCCCACCUGGCUCUGGUCCAAAUGAGACCACGAGAGGGGCUGACCGAGCCUCAGACUAAGCUCUGACCCCAUCGCCCAACUCGGAUGGAGAACCGAGCCCUGAUGCCCAGAGUUCGAGGGCAGCCAGGCCGCCAUCUCUGCCGAGGGUUUCAGUCUGGGCUUAUAGAUUGCUAGUGGGGCAAGGCCCGGCUGCUCGCGAGGCAGCUCAUUCAACACUGGGCUAGCUCUUGUGGUUGGUGAGCCCUGCCCCACGGCCAGGCUAAACCCUUGCCCUGGCAGCCCCUGCUCACCCUGCUCCUUAUUCUUCCUUUUGAGCCGAGCAGAAGGAGGUGUCCCACAGAGUUCCCCCAACUUGACUUUCCUGCAGGCUAAACCCGACUCCUUCCUUCAGCUGGUCCUCCCGGCAUGACCUUGUGGCCCUUGGUGUUCCUGGUUGCUCUCUGCAUUUUCUACUUCCCCAGUGGCUAGCCCAAAGGGUGUGCCCAGAAGUGCACCCAGCGGCGCCCCCCCCCCAGCCUUUCUAAAUGCAGCUGGUGAUUCUACUUCCCUUUUGGGUUGCCAUGUCCCACUGUUAACUCCCGUUGACCUUUUUGGUCAACGUGAGGGGCUUCUAUUAUUGAAGUUGAAUUUCCCAUCGCAAGCGUGAGGCUCCCAACACCUAAGUAGUGAUCUCAGGCCAAGGCUCAGCCCUUGCAUGGGGCCACAACCCUCCGGACACCCCCUGCCCUUUGUCCUGGACCGAGUACGGACCCCAGAGCGGCGCCCUCUCCCGGCCCCGACAUUUGCUCUGGGAAUUAUGAAAUGAUCCGAGUUCCGGAUUCCGCUCUGAACUGGUCUGAAAGGUCAGGUCAGGCCUUGGCACCCAGAUGCCCUGCUCCAGAUGGAGCUUUCACCCUAGAGCAGACUUCCACCCUGGUCCCAGUCCCACGCGGGGCCCCAACUCCGUCUUCAGACGGAACCCAUCCAACCCUCCCUUCUGUCUUCCCAGCGUAGCCCUUGUAGUCACCUAGACCCUUAGACCUUCAUCAGGGUGGACUGGGAAAUGCUCUUCCGUGAUGCUGAUAGGCUGCUUCUCCCC